UCCCUCCGAACGGAGCAGGUCAGAAGAGCAGGCCUGCGUCCCCCAGGGCCACAACCGCCCCAGACCGGACCCCGUCCCACGGGCAGGGUGAAGGCGGCGGGACAGCAGAGGGAACCAGGCACAGGCAGGACGGCCGCAGAGAGCCGCCCAUCUCAGCGCAGCGCUACAGGCGUGAGUGGCGGCUCAGCGGACCAAUCCGUGCCCACCGCCGCCUUCAGCCAUGACCCUGUGUGGACAGUAAUGACCGCACGUUUCCGAUUGCCUGCUGGCAGAACCUACAAUGUACGAGCAUCUGAGCUGGCACGAGACAGGCAGCAUACGGAGGUGGUCUGCAACGUUCUUCUCCUGGAUAACACUGUACAAGCUUUCAGAGUUAAUAAACAUGAUCAGGGCCAAGUUCUGUUGGACAUAGUCUUCAAGCAUCUCGAUUUGACAGAGAGAGAUUACUUUGGUUUACAGUUGGCUGAUGAAUCUACUGAUAAUCCUAGGUGGUUGGAUCCAAACAAACCUAUCAGGAAACAAUUAAAAAGAGGAUCUCCUCACAGUCUGAACUUCAGAGUUAAGUUUUUUGUAAGUGACCCAAACAAGCUCCAAGAAGAAUAUACAAGGUACCAGUACUUUUUGCAAAUUAAGCAGGACAUUCUUACUGGAAGAUUGCCCUGUCCUUAUAAUACUGCUGCUCUUCUGGCUUCCUAUGCUGUUCAAUCCGAGCUGGGAGACUACAACCAUUCAGAAAACUUGCCAGGCUACCUCUCAGAAUAUUCUUUCAUCCCUAGCCAGCCUCAAGACUUUGAAAAAGAAAUAGCAAAAUUACAUCAGCAGCACAUAGGGUUGUCUCCUGCAGAAGCAGAGUUCAAUUAUCUCAAUACGGCACGUACCUUAGAACUUUAUGGAGUUGAAUUGCACUAUGCAAGGGAUCAGAGUAACAAUGAAAUAAUGAUUGGAGUGAUGUCAGGUGGAAUACUAAUUUUUAAGAACAGAGUACGAAUUAACACGUUUCAGUGGUUGAAGAUUGUAAAAAUUUCUUUCAAGUGCAAGCAGUUUUUUAUUCAACUUAGGAAAGAAUUGCAUGAAUCUAGAGAAACAUUACUGGGAUUCAAUAUGGUGAAUUACCGAGCAUGUAAGAAUUUGUGGAAAGCUUGUGUUGAGCAUCACACGUUCUUCCGUUUGGACAGACCACUCCCGCCUCAGAAGAACUUUUUUGCACAUUAUUUCACUUUGGGUUCCAAGUUCCGGUACUGUGGGAGAACAGAAGUCCAAUCUGUACAGUAUGGUAAAGAAAGAGCAAAUAAAGACAGGGUAUUUGCAAGAUCCCCCAGUAAACCCUUGGCACGGAAAGCAAUGAGUGGGAUGGAUUGGGAAGUAGUGAGUAGGAACUCACUGUCUGAUGAUAGGUUGGAAACCCAGAGCCUCCCGUCACGGUCUCCACCUGGAACCCCAAAUCAUCGCAACUCUGCUUUCGCUCAAGAAGGAGCCCGGUUACGACCCUCAUCAGUUGGACAUUUAGUGGAUCAUGUGGUUCACACCUCCCCAAGUGAAGUAUUUGUAAAUCACAGAUCCCCAUCCUCCACCCAGGCCAACAGCAUCAUACUGGAAUCAUCCCCAUCUCAAGAGACUCCUAUAGAUGGGCAGCCUCCGGCGUUACCACCCAAACAAUUUAAAAAGAACAGUUGGAACCAAAUUCAUCAUUCACACUCACAGCAAGAACUGGAUAACCAUAUUAAUGAAACAUUUGAUGUUCCUGCAUCACCUGAAAAAUCCACCCCCAAUGGUGGUGUCCCCCAUGACAAUCUUGUUAUGAUCAGAAUGAAACCAGACGAAAAUGGAAGGUUUGGCUUCAAUGUAAAGGGUGGAUAUGAUCAGAAGAUGCCAGUUAUAGUAUCCAGGGUAGCUCCAGGAACACCUGCUGAUCUGUGUGUCCCGCGUUUGAAUGAAGGGGACCAGGUCGUACUGAUUAACGGCAGGGAUAUAGCGGAGCAUACCCACGACCAAGUUGUAAUGUUCAUUAAAGCUAGCUGUGAGAGACACUCAGGGGAACUUGUGCUCCUAGUUCGACCCAAUGCUGUCUAUGAUGUUGUGGAAGAGAAGCUGGAGAGCGAGCCUGAUUUUCAGUACAUCCCUGAGAAAUCUCCACUUGAUGGUGUCCAUCAAGAUGAUAAUGCUCUGAGGGAAUCCAUGAUUCAGUUAGCAGAGGGGCUCAUCACUGGAACUGUCUUGGCUCAGUUUGAUCAAUUGUAUAGAAAAAAACCUGGAAUGACAAUGUCUUGUGCCAGAUUACCUCAAAACAUUUCCAAAAAUAGAUACAGAGACAUUUCGCCUUAUGAUGCUACACGGGUUAUUUUAAAAAGUAAUGAAGAUUACAUCAAUGCAAAUUAUAUAAAUAUGGAAAUCCCUUCUUCCACAAUAAUAAACCAGUACAUUGCUUGUCAAGGUCCAUUACCGAACACUUGUCCUGAUUUUUGGCAGAUGACUUGGGAGCAAGGCUCCUCUAUGGUUGUAAUGUUAACAACUCAAGUAGAACGGGGAAGAGUUAAAUGUCAUCAGUACUGGCCAGAGCCAUCAGGAAGCUCAUCAUAUGGGAAUUUUCAGAUUACCUGCCAUUCAGAAGAAGGAAAUCCUGCUUAUGUCUUUCGAGAAAUGACAUUGACUAAUCUGGAGAAAGAGGAAAGCCGCCAGCUAACUCAAAUCCAGUACAUAGCAUGGCCUGACCACGGGGUUCCUGAUGAUUCCAGCGAUUUCCUGGAUUUUGUGUGUCUGGUGCGGAAGAAGAGGGCUGGCAGAGAAGAACCUGUUGUUGUUCACUGCAGUGCUGGGAUUGGACGGACAGGGGUUCUGAUCACGAUGGAGACAGCAAUGUGUCUCAUUGAGUGCAAUCAGCCUGUUUAUCCUCUAGAUAUUGUAAGAACCAUGAGAGAUCAAAGAGCCAUGAUGAUCCAAACACCUAGUCAGUACCGAUUUGUAUGUGAAGCUAUUUUGAAGGUGUAUGAAGAAGGAUUUAUUAAACCUUUACAAGCAUCACUGCAUAAAUAAAGAGCAAAAAAACCUAUUAUAUCAAUUGAGGAAUCCUGUCCUCUAUAAUGAACUGGCAACAUUCUUUGUGCCAUAAUACUGCUUGCAGGAAAUGAUAGUGAAGUACAGCAAAGAAUUGACAAAGGACUUUGAAAACUUCAGCACUGUUGCACUUUACGUUGAAACAAAAUCAGUCUCUGAAACUCUUCUAACCUUCAUCUGUUUGAAGACUUUAUUUUCGUGAUUUGCUCCAAACAAACCAUAAACUGAAAGAACUAAUUGUGUUCAGGGUAAUUACGAUAUUUCAUUGUAGUGCCAUAUACUGCGCUUCUGGUUGAAUUGCUACAAACAAGGCUUGGAAUUAUUUCACUCUGUUUUACACCCAUUUCUCUUAAAAUGAAAAACAAAUUUUAAAAUACACUAAGCCAUGGUCUUUUUCCAGUGCUAGGUUUAUUUACCAUGUACAGACUCUCACAGUUUUGUUUUUUACAACAUUAGCAAUAUUGCCAAUACUAGAUAGAUACACACUACCUACUGAUGCAGCACACUUUGUCCUACACCCUUACUAGAGACCAGCUGGUUGUUAGAGGAGAGCUGGCAUCUGUUAACCCAGCAGUAGCUGCAUAAUGCCCACUUACCAGCAUCUUGUACAAAAUAAUAACAAUAAAAAUUUUAAAAAACCAACAUAUAAAUAAACAGCAUUUUUUUGGCACAGCUUGUGUGUCAUACACUGGUGUAUUCUGAUUCAUGUGGCUUCAGAUUAUGUGAUGGGAACUUGUGCAUGCAUUAUGUCUUAACCCCUUAAGUGCCUUGAGACUUACAGUGUACAUCCAGUGAAAGGCACUCAUGAUUCCAUGGGGGUGGUAUUGUCCUGUCAUAUUUAUCUUAAUGGGUUCAGAUUUUUUAAAUGGCCCUUGGUGCUUGGAAUGUGUUACCACAAGGGGUCAUGGAAAUACCAUUCCCUCUUUCCUUAUACAAGUACUUGUGUGCUACUGUCUGUAGCAAAAGCACCUCUGCCAACUUAAUGAGCAUUGUAUGCUGCUGUGUUGUAAUUAUAUGACAAAUCUGACACAUUCCUUCAUUCCUUCCAACCAGUAACUUGCUAGCAUCUUACUAUGAAAUGCUGGUAGGUCAUUAGAAGCUGAUACCUUGUUUUAUCCUUUUAUUGAGAAUAGCUGUUUUACUCAAUUAGACAUAACUCUUUAAUAGCACUGAUAAUUAAGUUGAACUUACAAUCAGAUGUGAUUUAAUUCCAUUACCUUCUAACUAACUUGUUAAGUCCUCAUAGUUGAUUUCAAGCCAUGUUCGUACAGGUCUGCCUUUUUUUUUUUUUUUCUUUUAUUUGUUUGGAGGGGAGAAGGGAGGAGAACACUAUGAAGUUAUCCCAGAACUUAAUUUUAAUUUCAUAAUUACCCCAGUCACCUUCUGUUAUGCUUGUGCAAAAUUGUUCCGAUUGGUAUGGGUUGGUUCUUAUUUAAGUGGGUAGAAGAUAUGUAAGAAAUGUCUGUCUGAUACAGUAUCUGAGCUCAUUCUAAAGAUGCACAAGUGUCCCCCUUCUCUAAUACUUUUCUAGUACAGGAGAAACCAAGUCAGAAGCAAGGUACCCAGUGUAAUAUACUGUAAGAAAUUUGACUGCCCUGUGACAGCAUAACUUUUUGCCCUCUAUUUAAAAGUUUUAAUUUAUUGUAUUGGUUUCCUGGAAAUGUUUAUCCAUUCAAUUUUGUUGUAAGCUAUAUAUAUAGCAUAGAAUUAAAAUGGAAAGUUCUACGCUAAAUAAUUUUUAACUAUUGAAGAAAUAUAUUGUAUAAUAUACUAUGUUCUGUGGACAUUUGAAACAGAUCAGCUAUGAACUAUUAAAUGAAAAGGGAUUCAGGCAACGUGAAAUCCUGGCUUAUGACUUAGUAAUGAACAAGAACUACAAUGCCAAAUGGAAGAUAGAGUUUUAAAUAUUUUUAGAAAACAAAAUAAUAUUAGUAGAGCUCUGGCUCUGUUACUUAUAUUUCUAGAUUUGAUGCUUAAGUCAAUGUUAUCCCUCAGUGAAAAAUAAAUUUUACAAGAAUCUCUGGAUCUGAACUGAACUGAAAAAUAGCAAUAUAGUAGCUUUAAUCUCAGUUAUAUUUUAAGCCAUUUGCAACAAAUAAAAAUUCUUUUUUAUAAUUCUUUAACUUCCUUAUGAUGACGUUAUUAGCUGAGUUGCUGGCUAGUUAGAAGGUUAUAUUGAACUCAGCACUUAAUGUCCAAAAAGUAAAAUAAUUCAUCCAUUAUACUGAAAGAAAUUUUCUUCUUAGUUAAGUUGUAAACAAAAAUAGCAUUUGCCCUGUUAUUCUGAAGGAAAUCAGAAAUGGAGGCUAUGGAAGCAUUAUAUAGCAUUGGUAUGUUACAUAUUUAAGUAUUCUUAUGUAAAAUUGCCAUAGCAGUUCGAGUUCAAAAGUCCCAUUUAUACCACAAUUAAGUGUGGGAUAUGUAUUUGUCAUCUGUCAUUACUGUUUUGAUUACAAACACAGGCAAGAAUAAUAGGUCUUUUCAAAAUUUUCCUCUGCACUGACUUGUAGUUUAUUAAUUAGCUGCACUGGAGAAAAAAUUGGAACAAAGUACCUAUUCUUAAUUAAUAGGCCAUCAGCAACUCAGUGGCUUUUGGCUUUUCCAAAGCCAGGAUAAAGGUAACCAAAAACUGCUUGGGAAAGAGAAUAGCACUGAAGCCUUUCUGCACCAUAAAUCAGUAAUUUAAAUUUUUCUACCUGUUGUGGUAUAAAUGGCCUUGAAAAUAUUUUUAUAUGGCCAAAAAAAGCAAAACUGCUUAAUAUUUUACUUUGGGUUAUGAAGAUCUGUAUCAUCCUUAAGAGUUUUUUAAAGAAGUUUUUGUAUGUUUCAUGCUGUACAAAACAUGAAUGUAUCUUUCAGACAUAAUGACUUAUAGACCUGUAUGUGAUUGGUGUUAUGACUGUUGGAUUUUAUGAAUAAUUAUUUUCAUACCAUUUGAUUAGGAAAAAUGUUGGGUGGGUGUGGGAAAGAGUAUGUUUCUAACACUUCCAUGAUACAAAUCCAGUUUGGGGGAAAAAAAAAAAAAAAAAAAAAAAAAAAGUAGUUUUCAUUGUAAAUAAGAGCAAUAUUAUGACAAUUUUGUGCCAAUGUUAAAUGUUAAGAUUUUUCUUUUACUUUUAGGUUCAGAUUGAAAACUACCACUACCAUCUCUUGUUUAAAAUGGAUUUGGAAGGGUUUUUUUACUUGACAGACAUGGGGCUCUAGUGGGGACUUUGAGUGUUUUUUGGGAGCAUUUUUUAGUUUUGCUAAAUAUGAAAUAAGAUAUAAGGUAUUGUUUAAUAAACCACCCACAGAUUGUCAGCCAGUCCACU